CAACCCUGACUCAAGAUCUCUGAUUUGUUCGCGAAAUGGAGCCAUGGGGGCCGCCUUUCCCAUGACUAGAGCUCACCCGCUCAUCCUUCCUAGCUUGAGCUGCCAGCUUGAGCUUGAUCUUCUAGCGGCUCAACACUGAUAGGUCAAGAUGGAGCAACCACUGCUGCCUGGCGAGGGGGUGACCGGUUCUCUGCGGAGUCAAAAUGGGGUCUGCGCACCGUAUGAUCCCGGGCCAGGGUUGCCGCCAGGGGCAAUCGGCCCCGCACUGCCGGGCACCCCUUGUGCAGAUUCCAGAGAACAGUCAGACGAAGAGGCUGCGGCAGACGAGCCGCUGCAUAAACUCUCGGGCAUGCAGCAAGUCCGACGAGAAGCGCACAAGCAGUGGCGGCUUGCGCUGCCCAUCUGCACGAUGAAUGUUUUCAACGUCCUCCUGGCGAUGGUCAGCGUGAUCUUCGUGGGGCAUCUGGGCGCAAAGGAACUUGCGGCGGGGGCGUUGGCGACGGGCGUAGCAAAUGUGACGGGCAUAGCGGUCCUCGAAGGGCUGUCAGGGGCAAUCGGCACAUUCUGCGGCCAGGCGUUUGGGGCGGGCCAGUACAUGCAACUGGGCCACGUGUUGCAGCGGGGCUUGAUAAUUAACACGCUGUUCUGCAUCCCCAUUGCCGCACUGUGGAUCCAUGCGGAGCAGAUUCUGCUGCUGUGGGGCCAGAGCCCCAGGCUGGCGGCCAUGGCCACACAGUACAUGGUGCGCCUCAUCCCGGGGCUGCUCGGCUCCGCGUGGCUCUACCCCACCGCGCAGUUCAUCCAGGCGCAGGGCAUCACUGUGCCCCAGGCGUUGACCUCUGGGGUGACCCUCGCCCUGCACAUCCCGUCCUCCUAUGUCUUCAUCUACGGUCUCAACCUCGGCUUCACCGGGGCUGCCAUCGCCAACUCUGUCAGCUGUUUCUUUUCGUUUAGCCUCCUUGUCGCGUACUUGAUGUUUGAGCGGUCGGGCAUCCUGAAGCGCUGCUGGCCGGGCUGGUCCCUGCUCUGCUUCACGGAGUGGGCGCCCUUCCUCAGCAUCGCCGUGCCGGCAUGCCUCAUGACCUGUUUGGAGUGGUGGUGCAUGCAGCUGAUCACCAUCUUGUCGGGCCUGCUCCCCGACCCCGAGGUCCAGGUGUCCGCCAUGACCAUCUGCUUCAACACCGCCGCGCUCUGCUUCAUGCUGCCCCUCGGCCUCUCCACCGCCGUCAGCGUGCGCGUGAGCAACGAGCUGGGCGCGGGCAAGCCGGGGCGCGCGCGGCUGGCGGUGCAGACGAGCAUGAGCAUCGCGCUGGUGCUCGGGGUGGUUCUGGCAGGCAUCCUGCUCGCGCUGCGCAACAAGUGGGCGCUCGUGUUUGCGGACCCGCGCGAGGUGCACCUCAUCGCGCUCGUGGCCAAGAUCAUGCCGCUCCUAGUUGUCUCCCAGUUCGGGGUGGGACUGCAGGCCAUUCUCUCAGGUGUCCUGCGCGGCUCCGGGCAGCAGUUCGUGGGGUCGGUGAUCAACUUCGUGAGCUACUACGGCAUCGCGGUGCCGGCCAUGGUGUUGUUCGCCUUCCGCCUGGACCUGCGGUUGCAGGGCCUCUGGUUCGGCCUCAUGCUGGGCGUGGGCCUGCAGACGCUCAUGCUGCUCAUCCUCACCUGCCGCACGGACUGGAGCCUUCAGGCCGACCGAGCUAGAAAACGAGUAGAAGCCAUAGCGCGAGACCGGUAUAGCCCUGUAUUGUGUUGACAGCAGUGGGCUCUGGCCAUCACUUCCUCCAGCGUAGCUAGUCAGGCACGCAGUCGAUCAGUCCAGGCAUAAAUGAUGUCAUACUUUGAUCACGGAAGGUACAACCAACUCGGGGCCUUGUGCGGAAUGGUGCGUCAUUGGGGCUCAAUGUUGAGCAACGUAUAUUGUAAUAUAGAUCUUACAAAUUUGGAUCGGGUAACUGUGACACGGGUCCAUUUGCAGUACAGUCUGUGCACUGAGCAGAGCUGAACGUGAGGCAGACGAUUUGCGGCAUGAUCUGCUGGACUUAGCAUAAUUCGUAAUUCCAUGCUCGACAACUGAAA